UACAUUACCGACAUGUACUUGAAUCGUCACGGAAGUGAUCAGUCAUCUUUUUCUGGAACUUUAGAAAUUAAAAGUACCUCUGGAACCGACACAAAGGCAAAUAGUUAAUAAUUUGCAUCUAGAUUAACAAUAUUAGUGAUCUGAUUUAUUUUAAUACGAACUAUUAUUGAGAAAUAUUUAUUGUUCUCUUUCGAUAUACGUCGUGUGUGGAAGUUUUGAAGGAGGCCAUCUUUGCAAACUACUAUCAGAGGUCCUUGGCUCGAGGUUUCAUUGUCUGGUUGUAAGCCAGUAUUUAAUCAACAUACAGUUCAUCAAAUGGCUUUAAAAAGAAUUAAUAAGGAAUUACAAGACCUUGGAAGAGAUCCUCCUGCACAAUGUUCAGCUGGACCAGUGGGAGAUGACUUGUUUCAUUGGCAGGCCACAAUCAUGGGACCACCAGAUAGCCCAUACCAAGGUGGAGUAUUUUUCUUAACAAUUCACUUCCCUACAGACUAUCCAUUUAAACCUCCAAAAGUGGCGUUUACCACCAGAAUUUAUCACCCUAACAUAAACAGUAAUGGUAGCAUUUGUUUGGAUAUCCUACGUUCGCAGUGGUCUCCUGCGCUCACUAUCUCAAAAGUCCUUUUAUCGAUCUGCUCAUUGCUGUGCGAUCCAAACCCGGACGACCCUCUAGUACCAGAAAUCGCUAGGAUAUACAAAACUGACAGGGAAAAGUACAACGAGUUAGCGCGCGAGUGGACUCGCAAAUACGCCAUGUGAUGCGCCGGCCCCCCUAUAUUCCCAUACUUCACGUUUUAGAUGAGACAAGUUAUUUAAUUCAAUACAAAAAAAAAAAUACAAAAUACACAACUCGGAAAGGAGAGAGUGGAGGGAAGGAUUGUAACGGGCCAGCUGUUUGGUUAUAUAUUUUGAAAUAAUCUCUGUAUAUUUGCUUUUCAAUUGGACUGUGUUUGUCGUCGAUGAUCCGUCAACCUUCAGACCACAAUAUGCUAACUCAAAGAUGAUGAAGAACUCCAUGGUGGUUUCUAAGUUGUGAACUUGUUUCUUGGAACGAAACUUCUAUUGAUCCUGUACUUUAGCCUAUUAUUAUUAUUUGAAUCCAUUUUUUUUAAUUAAUAUAUUGUGGUUGUAAGGAAUUUCGUCAGGCUGCGUUCUUUCCCUCAUUUACUUGUGCCCAUUAACAUCCUUGUCAAUAAACACCGGACGAAGCACCCAAUUGUUGCUCGUUUACUGCUACUGCUGUACAUAAGGGUUUACGAUAUACGUCGUGGUCCCGGAUGGUCACUGAGGCGUGUAUGAAAUUUUUUUACGACACAAUUACACCCUUCGUUCAUAAUGUAAUUGUUAGAUGAAUAUGUAGGCUCUGUGGUUCAAUUUAGAUGUAUUCAUGAAUAAAUCGUUUCAACUUUUUC